UCCUGGCCUUAUUUCUUUUUCUUCCCUCACUGUUUGCUUUUUCUCAGAUGGAAAAGGCAGGGCUUUUAUUUUUGCUUUGCUUUGCUUGCCUAGCAUGCCAUGUCUCCUCCCCUUGUUACCUCUCAUAAGUCCUAACAAAGGUAUUUUUAUGACUUGGUCACUCUCUUCCCUUUUGGUGGGUUAUGCUUGAAUUUUGUUGCUGAAUUUUCUGCAGCUGUCUUCUCCCGACGUCCAGUAACUUUUCAAAUUCCGGCAGUUUUGGGUGUCAAUCGUCGUCGGGAGCGGAAGCACUUGCGAUUUAGGCUUAAUCAUAAGCUGUUAGACUGGACUCUACUACCACGGCAAGAGUAGAGGGUCGAACCGUGGGAGAAGUGAAGAAAGAAAGAAAUCGACCACUUUCCCCUUUUACCUCGUUUCAACCCAUAACGUCAUCUCUCCUUCUUGCUUCCGCCAGUUCAGUCCAAGCUUCUAAAACCUAGAAAGGAAGUUGAUUCUCAGCUAUGGAGCGAGAGAAAGAUGCUUUCUAUGUUGUAAGGAAAGGCGGCAUGAUCGGGAUCUACAAGAGCUUCCCGGACUGCCUAGCUCAAGCCGGUUAUUCUGUUUCCGAUCCUUCAGUGAGUGUGUUCAAAGGAUAUGGUUUGCCCAGAGAUGCUGAGGAUUACCUUGCAUCACUUGGGCUUAGAAAUGCUGCUUACUCUGUCAGUGCCACCGAUGUUAAGGCUGAUCUCUUUGGGAAACUUGAGCCUUGCCGCAUCCAGCCGCCAGCUUCAAACAAGGGGUCUUCUUCAGAGCGCUAUCAGGAAACACCCACUGUACAUUCGCCAGCGAUCAUUUAUUUUGAUGGUGCAUCAAAAGGGAAUCCUGGACCAGCUGGUGCAGGAGCUGUUUUGUGUUCCCCUGAUGGAAGAAUGGUAUGGCGUUUCUCUGAAGGUGUGGGGCUUGCAACGAACAAUGUUGCUGAAUAUCGAGGUGUGAUUCUGGGAAUGAAGCAAGCACUCAAAAAAGGGUUUAGAGACAUUCGUGUACAGGGGGAUUCUAAUCUUGUCUGUAUGCAGAUUCAGGGCAUAUGGAAGUUAAAAAACCAGAACAUAAUUGCAUUGGGAAACGAGGCAAAAGCGCUCAAGGAAAAGUUCCGUACUUUUGAGAUCAGGCAUAUUCUGAGGGAAUUCAAUUCUGAAGCUGAUGCACUAGCAAACCAGGCUGUUCAGCUCAGGGAUGGGCAAGUACACGAGGCUUUGAUCACCAAGUAGUUUGACACCAUUUGAGGUUGGAGUAAAGGGUCAAAAUUUCAGCUCCAGGCCAGGAAGGGGUAGGGAUAGAAAUGACUUCAGUGCAGCAACUUGUUUAUAUGUUUUUGCUUAGCUUUUGGGCUUCUUGAAGCUAGAUAUCACAUUGCAGCUUCCAAUGUUGAUAAUAUAACCUGUUAGCAAUUGAAAUGGACGGCUCUGAUGUAAGCUCCUUUAUGAUACCUUCAUUCUCACCCUACCUUUUCGUUUCGGCUGUAUUACAGGAAUGGUCACUGAACUUUGGGGUCACUAAUGAAUCAGUCGAUUAAUUAUAGUUGACACAUUCUAAGAGUUGAGUACCACAUGGGAUAAAGAUAACGGAAUUGGAUGGAGAGUGACCAAAUUUGAACUAUUGAAUUAAUUUUAGUGACCACAAAUAGAAUUAAAUAUUUCCAAUUACCAAACAUGAACCUUUUUAAUAAACCUAGUGACCAAACUUGCAAUUUACCCGUUUGAAAUAACUAACUAACAUAACAACUAUGCAUUCUCUUCAUAUUUUUGGGAUUUUUGAUCGAGUUAUCCUUCAUUAAAUCAAAUAAAUUGUGAAAACUAGUACUUAGAUCCUAAUAAAUUGUAGACAUUAUG